AUGCUCCUUCAUAAAGAAGAAUAUAUUAUAUUAUUUGUGAUUAUCUUUCUCUACUUUAACUCAUUUCUAUGUGUGAGCUCUAAUUCCAGAAAUAAAAUAGAUCCUGCGUUAGCACUUUUACCUUGGACACUGAAUAAUAAAUCCAAUAUUGAGAUCAGAGUGAACCACGGUUGUUAUAACUGGAAAUUUGAAGAAGAUGAAUUUUUAACAGUUAAUAGUUUGGUUGUAAGAACUGAUGACUUUGGGAACAAUUGUACUGAUGUUGUGAAUGUAAACCCAAGAUGGCCCUAUAUGCACUUAAAGGGGAUUUUUACUAUGAUCGCAUACGACAUUUAUACAGGGGAGAAUUUACGCAGUGAGAUUCACAUUGCAAAGGUUGAGAGUAUAAAAAUCAGCACCAGUUCAAAAAGAAUUAGGUUAGGUUCACUUGAAAACUUAUAUGCAGUUGGAUUCGACAAUGAAUUUAAUACUUUUACAUCAUUAAAUGGACUAAAAAUUGUCUGGGAGCUGGAAAAUGAUAACAUUAAAUCGGAAAAGAAUGAUGGGAGCCAAAUAUUAGUUAUUGGAUCCAAAGUUGGAUCUGUAAAUGUAUAUGUCAAAAUUGUUGAAGAUGAUUAUACAUUAAUCAGUUCCUCUGUUACUAUUUAUGUUGAGGAUCCAUUCAAAAUUAUCCCGCAUGUAAGAAGAGCUCCUUUUGGUUCGUUAUAUCCAAUUCAUUUGGUGAAAGAAGGGUCAGUGAACAAUUUAGGUUUUUUCAAAAAAGAAUUUCACUACUGUGAAAUUGACCAGAAUAGUGAGGCAGAAGCUCAAGUAUUUGAAGGUAGUAAGUUAAUAAUUGGUAAUUACAACAACCAAGAUACUGAUGCCGAAUUUAUAAUUUCGACAACUUGCAAAGAUAGAAGAGUUGAUGGAAGUUCCUUUACAAAUAUUGUCUACUCGUCAUUUCCCAAAGGGAUUUUAUUUGCAGUUCAAGAUGAAUUGAACUUAGCAGCUCACCAAGACGAAUUUAAUUUUAAUAACUUUGCCCAACUGUAUUUUAUAGAAGGUGAACAGUUGGUUGAAAGGUCCGGGUUUUUUGAUAUAAUACUGCAAAAUAAUGAAUUGACUAUUGUUGAGAAAAAAACCAUUUUUCUUCAAUUAAAAUUGUUUAAUCACAAAAGAGAAUUUUUGGACGUUCCGAUAAACUCAAACUUUGAUUUUUCUUGCAGAAAUGGUUGUAAUUCAGUAAGUAUUAUCCCAUUCCAGAGUGAGGAUUAUGAAAAUAAAAGCAAUAAUGGUUUUUUUAAAAUUGUUGGGAAUUCAGUAGGAUUCAGUGAAUUAGUGAUUAGGUUGAACUCAAUAGGCGAUAUGAAUUAUUCAGAAUUAAAUAGGAAUUCCAAAUUAUCAGAAAUUACUUCAUCUUUAAAAAUUAAUAUUGUUAAAGAUAUUAGUACACUUUUUUUAAACUUGCCAGUUAUCUUAUACCCUGGAGAACAAGAGAUCAAUAUUAGAGAAAACAUUACUGGUGGAAAGGGACCAUUUUUCUUUUGCUCAUCUAAUUCAUCAAUAGCAAUGGUUGAUUUCCAUACAGGUUUAUUAAAGACAAACUAUAUUACGGGAAUGGUUAGUGUUAUUGUCUACGAUACUGGAACGAGCCAUUAUAAUUUCAAAGAAAAUAAUUUAGAUUGUGAAUCCCUUAAAUAUGUCUAUGGCUAUAAUAUUCCAGUUUUGGUUGCAUACAUUAAUGGUUUCAAUUUAGAGCUACUCUCUUCUAACAGCAGUUUUUAUAACAAUACCAUUUAUACAUCUAUAUCCCAACGUUCGUUGAGCAUUGAAAUAAAAGCCGAGCCUUUAAGGGACCUCAAUGCGUUAUUAGAUAAUCAAUAUGAAUCAUCAUUUUAUAGUCAUUCGUUUAAUAACUUGGAUACUCUUGAUAUAUUGAAGUUGUUUAAUCCAUGCAGAAUAGUAGAGGCAGGGAAUCUACUUGAAUUUCAAUCAAAUUUCAAAAGUAAAAGUGAUUUGAGUAUUAAUGAUUGCUUGUUGAUUAUAGAUGAUUUGAAAAUUGCACCUUAUAGCCAACUAGCAUCUAAUUAUGAUUCAAAUACCAUUCAGAUGGAUAUAAACGAACAAAAAAUAAAUAUUGAACUAAAAAAACAUGGAAGUAUCGUUUUUGAGAGCUUUAUUGAAUUUGGCGUCGAGAUUUUUUAUAACUCAAAAAUAAUUAAACGGAAAAUACUUAAUACUGGACUUUCUAUUUACAUUUUUCAAGAGAUCUCAUUUAUUCCUAUUAUUAACGAAAUUGUGCUGAGUUAUUUUGAAUCAUCAGAAACUCCUUCGAAUAACUUCUUUAUUGAGAAAUCUAGUAAAAUUACCUUUAGCUUACAAGGCGGAUUGAUUGAUUAUCAAGAAAAAACCAACUUUUUAAUUGAAUAUAGCAAGUUCAAACUAUUUUUACUGAUCAAUGACGAGGAGAGAGAAAUUGUGGGUACACAAAAAGAAAUAAAUAACCACCAUUCAAUUCAAAUUUCUCAGUUGGACGAAAUAAAUAAGUUCUUGUUGGAAUGCAAUGGAGAACCAGCAGUUGGCUUUAUUAAAUUUUCAAUGAUGAUUUUUGAUGAAUAUCAAUCGGAAGUUUACAGAAUGAAAUCCUUGUUAAAAGUUUUUUGUAAAUCAAUUGACCAUAUUAAUAUGUUUUGGGUUAACCGAUCACCAAUAAUAGGAAAAUAUACAUGUAAUACAAGAAAUGAUAACUGUAUGGUAUUUCAUUUUAAUUCUAAGAAAAAACAUAGAUUUAUAUCUUUAGCAUAUGAUAAAAAUAAUAACUUGAUCCUAUCUUUUAACCGAUUUAAAAGCAAAUGGGAAAUUCAGAACAUUAGCGAAUUUUCAAUAGAUUUCGUUGGCGAAAACGAACAAAUUGAUAAAAAUAUCAUAGAUUUAUUUAUUAAUUUGGGAACUGAAUACAAUAUGAAGGAUGUAAAUAUAAAAUUUGAAGUAUUUAUCUCUAAUCAAUUUGAUGAAAAUAAUCAAAAUGAUGAUUUAACUGGACUCAGCAUUAUUACUAAAGGAAUUUUUACAAGACCACCUGUUUUAAUUUCCCCAUAUAUGUUAAAUAGACAAUUAAAGUUAGAGGAUUACCAUCAAUUUGAAAAUGAAAGUGAUGGAAUUAACUUCAUUGGAUCUUGGAAUUUGCUUGAAGGUAUGCAUCAGUUUGGAAUUAUACAUGGAACAAAUAAUUUUAACGUAUUCACCGACGAAAAAUAUGUCAUCGAAUAUAGUUUCUGUAAAGAUAAAAUGCAAAGUGAAGAUUCAUUUUUAAUUGAAAACAAGUUUUCCGAUAAUUCUCAUGAUAUAGCACAUAUUUUCCCUUUUUGCUUAGAUUCAAAAAACUUUUCAAGUGAUAUUAAAACCAAAAAAAUAAAUAUCUAUAUUGAAGAUAAGUUAAUUAUUCCAAAAUACUUAAUAAAAAAGGAGUUGGUAUUUAAUAAUUUAAAUAGAUUGCAUUUAGUUUGGUUGGACAGAAUCAACUUGGGUGAGAUUAAUAAAGAAAGUAGCUCAUCACCAUGGGUAACAUAUUUUACUUAUGAUAAUGCUUCUGACCAUAAAAAUGGGCAUUUAAAUAGCUUAAAAAUUCCCAGACAAUACAUUUCUUUCUCAAAGAUUGAUGAAUAUAUUAAUUAUUUUGAGUCAAACCAACGUAUCGAUAAUCAUUUGCCAUGCGUAAAAUGGAAUUGCCUAGUUGAUGAUAAAUCAAGGUCAAUAUUGGUUGUAAUUAUGUAUGAUGCUGAAGGGGUGGCUCUGGAACCUUGGCAAAAUAGUGAAUUCAAAAUUGAAAUUGAAUAUAGAAUAAAAAACUCAUUUUAUGAUCCUAAUUUAGAAUUUGAAGAACAGAUAAAAAAUGGAGUUAGCGAUUUUUCUAUUGAAAUAAGGAAUUUAAGUUCUACAACGUUUCAAAUUAUGGAAAUAAAACAAAAAAAUAUUGAUAUAGAAUUCUUUGCAAAAAUAAUAGAUUUGAAUUCUGAUAUAUUAAUGCAUUCAAACUCUUUAAGUUUAAAAGUAUAUGAAUCUAUUGAAUUAGAGCCAAACGCAGACACAUUUUCAUUGCUUCCAUAUGGAACUCCACUACACAUUAUUUUUAAAGGAGGGCCAGGAGAAUUUCAGAAUACAAAACUAGAAUGGAAUAUUCAACUUGAAAAAAAUGCCAAAGAUAAAGUUCAUAAAGAAAUUUUAUUGAUUAGAGACAAAAAAAAAUUGAUUAUAGAACCACUUGGAACAAUAGGAAAAGAAAGGGUAUCAAUAAAAUGUUUUUUAACCAAUGAAAAUGAAGAUACCAAAACUUUCAAAACAUUAUUAUUUUCGAAAUUAAUUGAUAUUUACGUUGACGUACCUAAUGAAAUAGAUGUAUUUUCACCUGAAAAGGAGUAUUUAUAUUUGGGUUAUCCAAAGGUAUAUAGAUUAAGAACUUGGAAAACUGAUGAAACUCGAACUUUACAGUUUCAUCAUUCCCAAUAUUUUCCUUCAGGAUUAACAAAUUGCAGAACUACCUGGUCCAUUAGCCAAAAUUUAAAUGAGGGUGGUUACAAUUCAGUAAAUUCUGAAAGUAAGAAAUGUGAUUUUCACUCUAAUUUAGUUUGUAUAUCAAGAUUUACUGGCAGAAGACAAAUAGAUCGUUUUAAAAUAAAUAAUUUUCUUGGAGAUUUUACUUAUAGCAAUAUUUCUAUGUAUGACUAUACGGUUUUGCUUUACCCUAAAAAUAUCGGGAUAUCUUAUUUAAAAGUAAGGUUAAAUUGCAAUUUUGGCUAUAAAGAGAAGAUAGAAUUAGAGUAUACACAAAAACUUAAUAUUUUAAAAGCUAUUAAUUCAGUUGAAAACGGAAUUUGGGUAAUUAAAGAUUCAUUUUAUUAUUUUAAUAUUCCAAAAGAAGUUUUUGUUAAAACUAAUAGUACAUUAGAUAUUGAAUAUUUAAAUAAUUCACAACUGGUUUACUUAAAUACUUGGAAAUCAAAUGAAACUAUCGUUUUUUUUAAUGAAGAAAAGAGAUUUGAACCAGCAGAUGGUAGUAUUAUUACGGUCUCUCCUAUUAUUAUAUCUGACUCGAAGGUAGUUCUCAUAGAAUUCGACAAAUACGAUGAUUAUUCAGUUAUGCUUUCACUUUUUUUCUUUAAUUCGAUGGGGGUCAGAUUAUUUCCAAGCCCAAAUUAUUGUUACGGUCUUAGUUUACACUUGAUUCCAGUUAAAAACGGCAAUCACAAUUUUUUUGUUAAAGCAGGGAGUAAUAUUUUAAUUUACUUAAACGGCUUAUUUGGUAAUAGAGUUUUUGAAGAAAGUAGUUUGAAUGAAAAUUGCCAGUUUAUAUUGAAACAAAAUCCAGAGAAUAAACCAUUAAUGCUAAUUGAAGAGAUUAAUUCAUGGAGAUUAAUGGACUCUGAAAGUGAUUUGUAUAAAAAUUCCAGUGAUUCAUGCUUCAUAAUUCAAAUUUAUUCAAAUAGAAACAGAAUAAUCGGGUCUCAGCCGUUUUGCCUCAAACUAAAUGCUCCAAAUCAUGGAAAGUAUAAUGAACAUAGCAAUUAUAUUAAUACAUUAAAUAUAGGUAGCAUAAAUAAUUCGAUAUUUAAAACAAAAUUAUAUGAAUUUGAAGUGUUUGCCGGUUCAAUACUUCAUCUUAAUCCUAUCAAAUGGAAAGCAUUAAAUUCAACUCCCGAUAAACUAAACUUUUGUGUAAUAGUGGACAACUUACGAAAAGAUUUAGACAUGCCUUUUAAAGAAGAAUUAUCUAAAAUUUUGAAUAUUCCAUUAAAACUUAUUAAUAUUACUUAUGAUCAAAACAUUCAAUCUAAGUUAUUUGAUCACUUGAAUAUAUCCUCUUCUAAUAAACAGCUAGUAUGUAUAUCUAUUAAUCAAAAAAUUGAUCCUUUUGAAUUAUGGGUAAUUUUGAUGAAGUAUUCGUCCAUUAUCUCUAAAUUCUACGGAAUAUUUUGGGUUGGCAUGAAUGAAAAGAAUGGGAUUAACAGUUCACGAGAUUAUAAUUCUGAAUAUCAUGCUGAUAUUUUGUUUUGGGAAUUAUUGACAAAUUGUGAUUCUGCAAAAAUAAUUGGAAAUGAAUUACUAGCUAUUCCCUUAUACAAUUCAAUUAAAUAUAUCAGACUGCGCUUGAAAAAUCUUAUUGAAAUACAUUUAAAGGUAAUCCCAAUUAAUGCCAAAUUUCCCGACGAAGACUUCAUCAUUGUAAAUAAAAAAUAUGAUAAGUUACAUAUAAAUACUCAGUUUUCAUUUUCUAUAUAUUUUGAUGGUAAUGAAAUUGUUAAUAAGUUUUUCAAUAAUAUUUACUACUCUUCUCCAAUAAUUGAUGUAACUUGUGAAGUUUACGACCCUAUCUUAAAGAAAAUCUAUAGCUCAACUCCUUAUUGGUCUCUAACUGUUCUUAAUAAUCCACUUUUACUGCCUUCAUGUAAUAUGGAUCCUCGUUAUAGCGAUUUAUCGAGAGAAAUAAGAAACUCUAUUAUGAGCAAUUAUUACACACGAAAUUUCAUUUACAUAUUGCCAAAAGUUACAAAAACAACUUUUAAUAUUACAAUAGAAUCUCAAUCUUCAGGGAAAUUAAAAAGAUCAGUUCCAAUUCAUUUCUACCCAAUUCUGAUAAAAUCACAAAGCUCCUCACUUUUUUUGAAAGAAUCAACAUUUAUUCGUGGUUUGGUAGACGACUUUCAUCAAAUUAAAAUAGUGUUCCCUUUUAAUUCUAAAAAUGAUUAUAAGUUCCCAAUACAAAUUUGGUUUUGGUUUGGAUAUAGGGAUGCAAAACUCAUUACCUAUACUAUUAGAGACCAAUUAUCAAAUGAAUACAUUUUAAAUUUUACUCCAAGUGAUCUACAAGGUGAAAUCAAGAUCUCACGAAACAGAGGAAUAAAUGAGCCAUCUAGUUUUGAUUCAAAUAUCAUUUUACCUCUGGAUAUUUUAUUUGAAUUUAUAUCUAAUGAACAAAAGCAUCAAAUUAAUAUAAUUUUCGAAAAUAAAAAUAGUGAUAAUACAAAGAAAACGGAAGAGAAAGUAAUAUCGAGAUAUUUUGAUUUUUCAAAGUCAAUUAAAGUAAUAAGAUACUUAUAUAUGAUAUUUACACCUCUUGUUAUUCUAUCAAUUUCCAUCUUUUACUUUAUGUUAAGUAAGAAACAGGUAAUUGCUAAGGAAACCAACUCAUCUCCAUUUAGAAAGUUGAACACCCAAAAGUGGUGA